GAAGACAAAGCUGGACCUUAUUGAGGCUAUUUACUGCUUCGACUGUACACAUUGCUACACGUAACUGUAACGCGGACUCGCGUUUAACGAAUUAUUUCCUUCUAGUUUGGAGAUUACGUGGAACUCUAUUGACAGUUCACGCUGUCACAUGGGUUAAAAGAAAGCCAACUUUGCGUGAACACUGUGUUGAGCUUUAAAUACACGCUUCAGUGGACUUCAUAAUGUUAUUUAGCAAAGGAGCUAGCUAAUAGCUAAUAUGAGUUUGUUCGGCUAACGCUAUGUUAGCCCUGUUGCACGAGUAUCCAUCCCCGCAACAGCUAGCUUAAUGGCGCUAACAGGCUAACACUGCCGACAUAAUUCAGAUAAAGUGCUUAAAGUGAUUCGACUUUACUGGUCAGUCGGACACACAGGUGGCGUUAGCAGUUGACCCGUGAGGGCGUCGCCGUUAAUUUAUAUCCGCGGCAUGAUUCAUCUGGUCGUUUCAUGGGGCUUUUAAGGAUGAUGUCGUCGCCCAAGCUCCAGCUUUUGGCUAUUUUGGCAUUUGGGGUGGCGAUGCUGUUAAUAGAGAACCAGAUCCAGAAACUGGACGAGUCGAGAGCCAAACUCGAACGUACAAUUGCCAGACACGAGGUAGCUGAAGUGGAACAGCGCCACAGUGAAGGUGCUGGACAGGAGUUAUCGCUGCUGGCGGACAGCGAUGACAACAUCAUCAUUUACAAUCGAGUGCCCAAGACUGCCAGCACAUCCUUCACUAACAUCGCCUACGACCUGUGUGGGAAGAAUCGCUUCCACGUGCUGCACAUCAACACAACAAAAAACAACCCUGUCAUGUCUUUACAAGACCAGGUGCGCUUUGUCAGGAAUGUCACCUUAUGGAGAGAGAUGAAGCCUGGCUUGUACCACGGCCAUGUAGCUUAUCUGGACUUCUCAAAAUACGGUGUGAAGCGAAAGCCCAUGUACAUAAAUGUGGUGCGAGACCCCAUAGAGCGCCUGGUGUCAUACUACUAUUUCCUCCGUUUUGGAGAUGACUACAGACCUGGCCUUCGUCGAAGGAAGCAAGGAGACAAAAAGACAUUUGAUGAGUGCGUGUCAUCAGGCGGCUCUGACUGUGCACCUGAGAAGCUCUGGCUUCAGAUCCCCUUCUUCUGUGGCCAUCAUUCAGAGUGCUGGAAUGCAGGCAGCAGAUGGGCCCUAGAACAAGCAAAAUACAACCUUGUGAAUGAGUAUCUGUUAGUUGGAGUAACUGAGGAACUAGAGGACUUUAUCAUGAUACUGGAGGCAGCUCUGCCACGGUUCUUCAAGGGGGCUACGGAACUCUACAGGACAGGAAAGAAGUCUCACCUACGAAAGACCACAGAGAAAAAACCCCUCACCAAAGAAACCAUAGCCAAGCUGCAGCAGUCCAACAUCUGGAAGAUUGAAAAUGAGUUUUACGAGUUUGCCCUUGAACAGUUCCAGUUUGUACGCGCCCACGCUGUGAGGGAAAAGGACGGAGAACUUUACGUGCUAGCUCAGAGCUUCUUCUAUGAAAAGAUCUAUCCAAAGUGAACUGCGACUGUCUGCACAGAUCCUUUAUCUGGAUCCUUUAGGAGUCAUAACACUGAGCGAAGCUGGCGAAGGCUGGACUUAUGAGUCCUGUACUUUAAGCUUGGAGCCUUUACAGCACGGAGAAACUUGUUCACUGUACUGUGACAUGUUUUUAACAUUUUUUUAUUGCUUGUGCAGCUGCUAAAAAGAGCUGAUGGCGUUAAACUGUGAGGAAAACAGGAGCAGGAAAUAAAGUGAUGUGGUCUUUAUAUUUUUAGGUGCACCAGUACUUGUUUACAAAUGAAGAUCAACUAAAACAUCUAGACUGGGUUGGAACACUUUUUAUUGACCUGCAGUAAACGUGUUUGUGGACCAAAUGGUAACAACAUAGAAUCACUUGAACCAUUGCAUCCUUUGGUGCGUGACUAGAAUAAAAAAAAAGUAUUUGAUCCUAGUGAUAUCUUUUGAGUUUUUACACAUUGAACACAAUGUUUUAUCAGAGAAUGUGAUGUGCAUUUUUGAAAUGAUAGUUGUGAGAAAUAACAAAGUAGCUUUGAGCAGAAUGAAGUAGAAGUGAUAGUGCCUUCAUUACAAAGUAAUGAAUUCUUUUUUUACUUUACAAGUGAUGCCACAAUCAUGUUUUUGUAUUUAAUUAGUCAAUAACUGCAUUUUCAGUUUUUCUGUUUUUCAUUUACAGUUUAAAUAUAGAACCAUCACUGCAAAUGUCUUGUGCUUUUUUUUAAUGCAAGAUAUGUUAAGGGCAUUUAUUUGCCAUCUUUCAUGACAACACUGUGAAUCCAAGAUUAUAGGUAGACAGAUUCUAAUAUUUAAAUUUCAUUGAUGAAUUUAUUCAUAUUUUUAGAUUGUAGAUUAUGAUCACAGUGGUUUCACCUAAUGUCCUUUUAAUUCAGUGUGCAGCUGUUUCGUCUUUGAUAGCUCAGUUUUUAUUACCAUUUAUUUGUAACUCUUUGUUCUCUGUGGGUAAUUGUCUACAGGCAUCUCUGUUGAGUUUGGUCUGUAUAAUUGUGGUUUGUGGAGAACACGUACUGUACCUACAGGAAAGGUAUCAAACUUCCCUUUGCCCUUUCCCUAAAAUAUAAUCUGGAGGAAGAAGUGGAGGCUGCCAUUUGACUUGGAUGCAUUUUGUUGUUGUGUGUUUGCUUUUCCACAGUUACUCCAGGUGAGGCGAGAUGAAGGCAGAGGGAAGUUUGAUCUGUGGUUGCUAUGCAAUUUGGCAUGUUGGCAUGUUAAUAUGUGCACCAAACACAUGAGUAUUUAAUCCAGUAGUCCAACAUCUGGAAGAAAAUGAGCUUUUACUAGUUUGAAAAAUAAAUAUUGCCCUUAGCUGGGGUUGAUGGAAACAUUUAUUUUGCAGCUGAAACGGACAAAAGGUCUUGGCAAUGUUGAUAUUUUGACUUGAUGAUGGCAAUUGAUCAAAACUCAUCCAAUCAACAGUUAUUUACGAUUCACCCUGAGGUUGACACGAAUAAAUCAUGUACCAUGCACUCCAUCCACAUUACUGAGCACAGGCCUGUUUAAAUGGUUUUGCAUUACUUGUGUGGAGUCAGUGUUGCAGAAGAAUUCAGAUACAAGCCUGGAUUUAUUCUGUGUCUUUCAUAACUCCAUUUACACUAAGAUGAUGCAUUGUCAAUUUAACCUGCAAGUUCUUUUUCUUGAUCAACUGAUGAACUGUUUGCUCUGUGGUGGAAAGUGGUGUAAAUGCCUGUGACAGUUUUAUUCCUCCCAAUUUGAUUGGUUACCCUGGAGACGGACUCUAUUCAAUCACAGUUUGAUUAAAAAAGUGGCUACAAUUAUAUAAAGAAUGUCUAAGUUGCUGACCAACUUUCUGACAAUGUGGUUGCUGAACUCAAAUAGAAAUUGCGUAGCUCUUUCACAAUUUGACUGAUUGGUUGCUUCAGUUUGCUGAUGUGCCCCAUUAGUUUUGUUUUUGUUUAUUUGACUCUGCAGUUUGAUUAAGAUUGUUUCAAGGUGAAUAUUUUAGCUGCUUUCACUGUUUCACUUCACUAUCAAACAAAGGGUUUUCUUUAGUACUUAAAGUUUGGGGAUCUUCUGUACAGUAAGCGGAAGCUGGUUGUUCCCACACAGGCUUGUUCUCUCACUGUGCCUCACAUGAGCCCAGUAUCUCCUCUUUUGACUUUAUAAUUACAGAAUAAUUGCCUCGCUAUAUCUUACUCAACGGGGAAUACUUAACCACUGGAACCGUGAAAUAACAGACUGGGACGGGAUGAUCUGCUGAAGUCAGCGGCGUUAGCGACUCGUACCUCUUCUCUGCUGGGAGAAGAAGGGAGUGAGGGCGUCUGCGGGGAGACGACAGUAGCACGCUCCAGCAGUCCACAGCCCGUCCUUGUGUCUACACAGAGAACAGCACAAAGGCCCCAACCCAUAUUUGACGCUUUGUGGCCAUGGACACAAGGAGAGGGUGCCUGUCUCAGAAAAUAGAACUCAAUUAACAGUUUUGCUGCAGGCAUAUUGGAACGUUGUUUCAUUAACGAGAUGAAUACAGUCUGAUAAUUACUUCAUCUCAAUUAGAAAAAAAGCUGCACUAUAUUGAUUGUAGCUGAUGAGCUUGAAGGUUAAUUAGAGAACACAAUAUUUCAAAAGCCUAUCUGCUUUGUUGUUGUUUGCCAGUUGUGGGAGCUCUUUGUUAUUGACUUUUUGCCUAUGUGCAGCUUUAAGGACUGCGUGGAGUUAUCCUUUGAACAAAAGCGAUGUCUCAUUUGAGCAGAAAAAAAAAUUCAGUCUCUUUUUCUAGUCUUGACUGCAGCUUGUGUUUAAAGUGGUUGGUUUAGACUUUGUCCCGGUUCUCGGUGUUCUGCUGCGAACCACCAGAGGGAGCCGUGGCCCUGCAGAAAGCCUCCACGGAGCAGCAUGUGGGCUUGGCAGGACUGAAACGGUUCACCAAGCCCCCAUUACUGCACCUGUGCAAAGCCAAAUGGAACAAACUAAUAGUGCAUUACCAUUAACAAUACAAAUUACACCAUUAGGCACACUUGGCUCUCAGGCCUUGUGAUAGCUAUAAAUAGUUUCACUUGGUCUUGGACAAUUUGUGCUGUACUUGCAUAAUGACAGCACUCAAAUUAAUUUGGCGUGUGCAAAUGGAGCGCCCCUAUUGCUGCAUGUUGUGAAAGGGAACAUUUUAGGCUCUUUUUUUAAUGAUGUGCCGCCUCUUGCAAGAACCACCUUUGCAGGAGGAACUGAUAAGCGGGGCCAGCAGCUCCAAACCUGAGUGAAAUGUCUCCAUUACAAAUCAUCCGGAGUGUUUGAUCCUGUUAUUGCUGAAGCACUGCACAGAAUAAUGACCUCUUUUUGUCAAUGAAAGUUGGCUGGAUUACUAGAAAUGGCCCUCUGGAUCGGUUCUGGAGCCCUUUUUUUUCAGCAGACCAUCGGAGACCCAGCACAGUUUUUGCGGCAAGCUGACCUCAAAGUGGAUUCACUACUGCUCCAUAAAACAAACAGAGCAGAGCAGAGGCAGCUUGACUGCCCCUCACUGGGACUGUGGACAGGACCUUAAAGCACUUGGCCAAAGGGGACCAUUAUGUGUACUACUUUCCGCUGUGUUUUAUGUAAAUGCACCACGCUGAAAUGGAAGGUAAAUUAAGCCAGCAUGUCAGAGACACAUGGCCAAGAAAACCUCAGGUGUUCCUGAUAUUCCAAAUUUACUGUAGGGCUUUUGCCAAUGACAGAUUAUAGCCGAUGGAGAAAGAAAACGAUCGAAGCCAUCGCUAUUAUAAAGCAUUGUCAGAUA